AUGAUUGAAAUCGAAGUUCAUGAAAAACAAUGUGGUCAACAACUUGGAAAUUGUCCCACAUGUAAUUGCUUGAUUGCCAUGCGUCUAUUACAACAACAUCGAAUGAUAUGUACGUUAAUAAAUAUAGAACACAAUUUACAAGCCCUCAAUCAAUUUCAGAACUUACCACAACCUACCUAUGCGCUUGAGCCGAAUUAUCCAAUGCAACACAAUACACUUCCAUUGGAAAAUACAUUUUAUGUCACCACUCAACAGCAAGCAAUUCAAGAACGAUAUCGUAAUUUUGUUUGGUGGCGCCGUACUUCAUUGGACACAGUUGCUGGCGUAAGUAUCAAUAAUACAGCUAUUCUUAAUUGCAAUAGUGCUAAUCAUGUUGAUUUAUUUUAUCUGCGAGCAGACUAUUCUACUGGACAAGUUGAUUCUUAUCUUGCUCGUCUUCAAAAGAAUGGGAUUUGCCAUUAUCAUUUGGCGAAUAGGUGUGUUGGCUAA